CUUGAAGGCUGUGUUGAUUCCUUUGUCAAGUCCCUUGAGAUUCCCCAGGAUUCUUCCCCACCUAGUCAGGAAAGAACUUGGACUUUGGCAGUGGGCUUUCCAUGUCACCCAGAGUCUUUCUUUGAUUGUCAACUUUAGUGUCCUGUUAUUCUGAUCUGGUUUCCUGGGCCUUUCUGUUCUGACUCGGGAUAUAAGAAGGGGUCGAGGCACCUUCUUGGAUGUUGUGGUCCCACUCACUCACAAAAUCUCUCUGUGCUCUAGAAAGUGAUCUCUAUUUGUUAAACUGACAAGAGCAUUUGAUCCAUUCCCAAACUCCCCAUUAUGUCCGACUUCAAGUACACGGGGUAUAUCCCGGACCGCGAGUUGAUUGUCGAAAUCGACAAGAUUCUUCGUGCGGCUGGAAUUCCGAGUGUCCUCUGGUACACCGGUGCGAUGGACAUAUAUGGUGUUCCUACGUAUGAACCGGUCUUUGACUUCGUCAUUCCCGAUCAUCAGAUGGACGCGGCGGUCCAGACUCUGAAAGACGCGGGCUUCUCCGAUGGCGACGGUAAAGACAUCGUUGGCACUUGCUAUUGGCAGUGUAGGAGGAAGAAAGAGGACAUCCAAACUACAGCCCCCUGGCCCUGCCACUGGUUCCACUUGCACACGGCCCCGUGGACGCCGGACAAAACACUCUCUGAAGACAAAUACAAUAGCAUGCUACUGAGUCAUGACCAUGCUGACCUCUGCCUACAUCGAAAGUCAGAGACCUUCUGGGCACUCCCAGAUCCGAGUCUCGAAGACCCGGCGCCAGACGACCCUAAUUACAUGCUGGCAACCGACCCCCGGGUUCCCGUCUGGGGAUAUCCCGUUCUCACCGGUGGCCGCUAUACCGUACCCGGCUGCCGAGUCCAAAUCCCGACCCCCUCCCGUUGCACGGAGUCCCUGAUUCUCGACAAGGUGCGGAAACUUGAAAUGGUGGACCAUGGUUUUUGGUGGGAACGUCACUUGAUGUAUAUGAAACAGUAUGUGUACAAGAAGACAAUUGAUGAGGGUUUUCUCAGCCCUGCUACGUUGGAUCCGUCGCUUGGAAAGAUUUGGAAGGCAUACCUGAAAAGCCAUGCCCCUGUGAAGGAGUUUCACCGCAAGUACUUUACCCCCUUGCCGGAGGCUCUGAUUAGGAAGGGUACGCUUCCGGAUACUGCGGUUCCAUGGGUGAUGACAGCCGACGAAGAGUUGGUCUUGAUAUACGCAAGGGCUGCUGAGGAUAGGGCUAUUCGUGAAAGGCGCGCUGCUGAAAAAAACUGCCGCGGGAACAGAUACCGCUGGAACGGAUGCCACUGGAACGGAUGCCACUGGAACGGAUGCCACUGGAACGGAUGCCCGCUGACAUGGCUUCUGCUGAAAGGUUUGCUGCUGCACUCUUCAAUCAAAUUAUAGGGGUGUCUCCCUGGAGAAUGCCGUUUCUAGCAAACAAAGGAGCUCGUAUACGUCUAGCUUCUAGGAAGGAAGAAUGCGAGAUAGGCACGGUUCCUGCCUAUCGUUUUAUUGCUGCUGUUCUCGUCGGCCUGCUAUGUUGUUUACUUUUGCUUCGUCUCUGCUCCAUGGAUUCACGAAUCUUCUCUUUUUGUUGAUGUACCUAGAUCGCUC